AACUUUUAUCAUUGGGCGAAACUUCUCCCUACUUCGGUACAUGUUCCGCUAAAUUAUACCGGUCGUAUUUCUGCGCUUCUGCCGGCAUACAAUUCUUUGUAGUUUUUAAGUUUUUAAUAAAGCCUUUGUUUACGGUGCUCUAGGGAAGGUGCUACGUUCCUAAUUAAGAAUCCCUCAUGGACACUGUUCACGAAGAAAUCAGUCCGCCUCCAUCUCCCCGUUUCGUUGCUAUAUCUGAUACUGAAACAUACUACCAACCACACUCGAUUCCCCUCAUCAAUGUUAACAACGAGCUGCCGCCCAGCUUGCUGUACAAGGAGGACGACUUCUCUUCAUCAUGCCAAAGAAGAGAUUCUACUCCAGUAACUCUAACAAAACAGGGUUUCUCUUCUCUCAUCACACGACGUAGGGAUGCUGCAUCUCUAACUACGUUACCAUGUCACCGGAAGGAUGACCACUACUCAUCACAACAUGGAAGUACUCAACGGAGGGAUUCUUUGAGUUUGCCAGGUAGCUUACUGCAUAGGAGGGCAGAGUCUCCUCCAUCGGUCCUGCAAUCGCACCCACGGACAACAUCUCCAACCUAGUGUUGUGCGUCAGAUAGCGUCUGAAUCUAUUGAGAUGUUAUAGUGGAAGCCCGCAUCUACCAAACUACCUUUUAUACCAAAGGACACUAAAUG